AACAGCUCGUCAACCACCUCCGUAGCUGUCUAGCCAACAUAGCCGAAAGAUACAACCUAUUUAUACUCUUUUGGUGUAUAUUAGCUACCGUGUUUUAGACACACUUCUGUCGUAUCUACUUGUGAACCUAUUUAAUUUAAUAUUACGUUAUUUUGUAUUAGUCAGCUAUAGUAUCUGUCUGGUUAAGUUAGCACUAGCCUAGUCGCUAAUGAUAAUAGCUGGCUAGCUAACAUCCCCGAACAUGAGCUCCCUAAACAUCUCCCCUCCUGUUAAAGAAGAGGAGGUCUGCUGGACGGAGAAAGAAGCUCUGGGGCUGAACAUUGUUGUGAAAGAGGAGGAGGAGGAUGUCACAGUAAAACAAGAAGUAGAGGGUGAGGCUGUUACAGUGAAAGAAGAGAAAGACGUUUCAGUGAAAGAAGAGGAAGACUCGUUCAGAGUGAAAGAUGAGGAGGAUGUUACUGUGAAAGGAGAGGAGGAUGCAGUUUUUGGAGUGAAGAUGGAAGGGGAGAUUACUGUCACAUUGAAAGAUGAAGAGGUGGAGAUAGGAGAUCCGAUUAACAUCAGAGAGAGAAGUGACUACCGUGGGUCCUCUGGGGAGCCUCAACAAAACCAUGAUGCUGACAUGGCAGAGAAGAGUCUCCCCAGAUCAAAACACUUCAAGAAACACCAGCAGAAACCCACAGGGAAGAAAUCUCAUUGCUGCUCUGACUGUGGGAAACAUUGCAAGUCUUCAUCAGAACUUAAAAUACACCAGCGGGUACACACAGGAGAGAAAUCUUAUAGAUGUGCUCAAUGUGGGAAGAGUUACUUAAGAUCAAAAUCACUAAAAGUACACAUGAGAAUUCACACAAGAGAAAAAGCUUAUAGCUGUGAUCAAUGUGGGAAGAGUUUCACUACAUCUAGCUAUCUGACAAUACACCAGAGAACACAUACAGGAGAGAAACCGUAUAGCUGUACUCAAUGUGGAAAGAGUUUUACUCAUUCAAGCAACCUGCUAUCACACCAGAGAAAACACACAGGAGAGAAAUCUUAUAGCUGUGAUCAAUGUGGGAAGAGUUUUACUCAGUCAAGCAACCUGGUAUCACACCAGAGAACACACACAGGAGAGAAACCGUAUACUUGUGCUCAAUGUGGGAAUAGUUUUACUACGUCUAGCCAUCUGAUUGUACACCAGAGAACACACACAGGAGAGAAACCUUAUAGCUGUACUCAAUGUGGGAAGAGUUUCACUCACUUAAGCAGCCUGGUAUCACAUAAGAGAAAACACACAGGAGAGAAACCUUAUAGCUGUGAUCAAUGUGGGAUGAGUUUUACUACAUCGAGCCAUCAGAUUGUACACCAGAGAACACACACAGGAGAGAAACCUUAUAGCUGUACUCAAUGUGGGAAAAGUUUCACUCACUUAAGCAGCCUUGUAUCACACAAGAGAAAACACACAGGAGAGAAACCUUAUAGCUGUGAUCAAUGUGGGAUGAGUUUUUCUACAUCUAGCCAUCAGAUUGUACACCAGAGAACACACACAGGAGAGAAAUCCCAUAGCUGUGAUCAAUGUGACAAAAGAUACUCUGAUAAAAGAUCUCUGAUCAAACAUCAGAAAAUACAUACAUGAAGGAGUUGUUUCAUGAUAUCAAUUAAAUAAUGUCACAAUGUAGAAUGUUUUACACAUUGUAGUAGCAGUUUUUUAAUGUCACAAUGUAUAACCCUAAACGUUUGCCCCCCCCCUCCCCUGUUAAAUUGAUUUCAGCAUGAUAUGGAUAUUAGCCUCAUCAAUGGAAAUUGUUUUGUACUUUGCUCUGUUGUUCUUUCCCUCGAUCCUGACUAGUCUGCCAGUCCCUGCCACUGAAAACAUCCCCACAGCAUCAUGCUGCCACCACCAUGCUUCACCGUAGGGAUGGUGCCUGGUUUC